GGAACAUUUGAGACAGGAACAUUUGAGACAGGAACCAAGCUGCAGCCUCGACGCCCAACAACUUCAUGCUAACAGUGUCCCUUGGUGAUGUACAGGACAACCAGCCGGGGAGGCAGUCGGCCAUCUUGACAAACUUUGUUGAGCAGACGUCUCUCUAACAGUCAGAUGAAAGCAACCUGAAAAAUGAUCAGCUUUUGCCCGCAGUCCAUUACCGUGGCAACAGUUGUCUUCCUGUUGCUAACAUCAGCAGUGACCUCAGCACAUUUCCGCGUUUGUGAGCCUUAUGCGGAUGCCAAGGGGCGCUAUCACUUUGGCUUCCACUGCCCACGCCUGUCGGACGGCAAGAGCUACAUGUUAUGUUGUCACCAUAACAGCUCGACCUUCAAGUACUGCUGCAACGAGACCGAGUUUCAAGCAGUCAUGCAGAUGAACCUGACGGACCAGGCCGAGGGAUACAUGCAUAAUAACUACAGUGCACUGGUUGGAGUGUGGAUCUAUGGCUUUUUUGUCCUGGUUCUGCUUGUGUUGGACCUUCUCUACUACUCUGCCAUGAACUAUGAGAUCUGUAAGUUCUACUUGUCGAAGUGGGGAAUCCGGGGCAGCUGGCUGAACCAGGAUGAGGGUCAGUGGAGCGAUUCGAGUCAAGGGCAGGCCCAGGCCCAGGCUUCAGCCCAGCCCCAGGCCCAGGCCCAGCCCCAGGCCCAGGCCCAGGCCCAGGCCCAAGCUCAGACAUCACAGACUAUGCAGACAUUGAAGACUGAUGCUCAGACCCCAGCACUGAUGUCUUUUCAAACUUCAACUGCUUGAUGCAGAAUAGUGCCUGGAUAUUGGGAGAGG